UAUGAGUAUAUGACUUUAGGUUAUAUAUUUACGAGUUAAUAGUCGAAAACACACCUAUUUGCAGCCCCAAAUACCAACAGCCCCAAACACACCUGCUUUCACUUUGCAUCCCCAAAUACCGACAGCCCCUCUUCACGGCAUACUUCCCACAAAAAUACUUGCUGUGCUGAGUACUGAGUGCUGACUGGCCAGCCUUCUUGGUCCUCUUAUCCCCGUAAGGAAGCAAAAAGGGUUGAAGAAGACUACCUAGCAGCGGCAACAAACCCUGUCUUUCAAGAAUAAGGGAUUACUUCUAUUGUUGGAAUUUCAUCCCCAAAUAGCUUAUUUUUUAUUUUCUUUCAGGAAUGACAUUAAAUGGCAGUUUAGUUCAAAAGAUAGGUAAUGCAAUUAUGGAAGUCGCAAGGAACAAAGGCUCAACAUGGUGGUACACACCUCACAUGGCUGCAGCAUCUCGUGCCAUAACCGAACGGAUCCCAUUGGUUGAUAUUCUUCUUGAAGUCAGAGAUGCUCGGAUUCCUUUAUCAUCAGCAUGUGAGCUAAUUAAGCAUCAUUUGCCUUCCUCGAGGCGCAUUAUUAUUCUGAACAAGACAGAUUUAGCAAAUCACAUUCAAUUAAAGGAAUGGCUGAAAUACUUUGAGGAACAAAAGUGUCUUGUUUUUGGAGUCAAUUCCCAUAAUAAGGAUAACAUCAAAGAGUUACUGAACUUUCUGCGAGCCAGAGUUCGAGAAUUACCAAAGAUUGGUCAUGGGGAUCAGACAAUUACAUUAAUGCUUGUCGGCAUUCCUAAUGUUGGGAAGUCUGCCCUUGCCAACUCAUUGCAUCAAAUUGGAAGGAUCAGUGCAGCAGAGAAAGGAAGAUUAAAGCAUGCCAUAGUGAGUCCUCAUCCAGGAGAGACAAAAAAUAUUAGUGGCUUGAAGAUCGCAAGCCAUCCUAGUAUUUAUGUGUUAGACACCCCUGGUGCUUUCCCGACUGAGAUUCUCGAUGCAGAUGUGUGCUCCAAUCUAGCUUUAACAGGUGCUAUCAGAGAUUGCUUGGUCGGGGAAGUGGAUCUUGCAGAAUAUUUUCUAUCCAUUUUUAACUUGAGUGAUGAAUAUAAGAAAUGGGCCAACUUGUCAUUAUCAGGCGCUGAUGAUUGUUCUGAGUUAGAGAGAAGACAGAAGAGACAAUAUUUAACAGAUCACACACAGGAUUUCAUUGUGAACAAAGUCCGAAGAACGCUCUUCGAAGCAGUUUCAUCAUUCAAUGGCAAUCUACGCAAUGAGGAAAUUAUGUUGCGGCUCAUCAAAGCAGAGUUUUCUGUUCUUCGCGAUGCUUUUAAUUUACCUCCUGAUUCGGAUGAUUAUGUUCGUAAAGUGGCUGCUAAGUUGCUUAAUCUGUAUCGUACUGGAAGGCUUGGUCAUUAUACUCUAGACCUUGCUCCAAAUAAUAACUAAGGAGAAGUCUUAUACGCGAGUCAUGACAGUCUUGGUUGAGGUGUCUAAAUGAAAAGACGAUUGUGUUGCUAUAGGGGACUCCCUUCACCGUGAUAUCAAAGGCGCAAAUGCAGCUGGAAAUGCAUCAGUGUUUAUCACAGGCGGAAUACAUGCUGCUGAACUUGGACUUGGCAAAUUCGGGUAAGUCGAGGAUGAUGAUACUGCUGUACAUAAUCAUGCCUUGAAAAACAAUGCAUAUCCUACAUAUGUACUCCCUUCAUUUACAUGGUGAAGAAUGCAGUAUUCACUUUGUACCUCUUUUGGUUUUGGUGUUAACCAUUGUGUUUUAUCUGAACCAUUUUAUCUUGGUGGAAUACAAGGAUUGUCAUGAUCAAGUU